AGCGCCUGCACGCAUCAGUCCACUGUGCUGUCAUGAUAUUCAGGAGUCUCGGCUACGAUGGGGAUCUGAAUAGUUUCGAGAACCUCAGACGAGUUGUUCAAAGGCUCCCAUCUGAGAUGAAACGUCUAUGGGGAGAAUAUGUCUUGAACCUGGGAGAGAGACCGACACUGGUGCACUUUGACGAAUGGCUUCGCAGGCAGGUCAGGGUGGCCCUCAACUACGCUGCCGUGUCUCCACAGCAGAAUAUGGCGACUGGCAAGAAGCCGGCAGGACAGCCCCAGCGGUGGAAGGGCGACGUGAAGCCGAGGCCCGUCCAAAGAAGUGCUCUGGCCACAGAGAUUGAUACAUCAGGCACGACUUGUGUAUGCUGCAAGGAGCAGCAUGAGGUGACAACGUGUCCGAUCUUCUUGAAGAAAUCGGUUGAUGAAAGAGCCCACUUCAUCGCCAGUGCGAGGUGCUGUUUCUUCUGUCUGAAGGCUGGACAUGGCGUUCGGCACUGUCGCUCGGCAAGGCCGUGCGGCAUCGACAGCUGCAAGAUGAGACAUCAUCAGGUGCUCCAUGGCAGCAAGAGGGUCGACCUCAGGAACACUGGCCAGCGCGUGGUAGCAGCAGCAUCAGUGAAGGCGGGCGCGACCACAACCCUGCUGCAGGUCGUACCAGUCACCGUCCUUGCCAGUGGUGGCAAGGAAAAGCAGGUCUGGGCUCUACUAGACCCUGGUUCUCAGACUUCACUGGUGUCCGAAGAGGUAAUGACACAGCUGAAUCUUCAAGGGGAGCCACAAACCCUCCGCCUGCAAAACGUGGAAGGAUGCGGGCGCCUCCAGAACUCCGUGAAGAUGAAACUGGAGCUCAAGGCGUCAGGUGGCGACGGAUCAAGAAUAGUGGUCCCUGAAGUUUUCUCCGUCAGGGACAUCAACGUCACGGUUCCAGAGCUCCCUGACAAGAGGAUCGAAUGGAAGCACCUGCUGGACCUCGACCUUCCAGACUGCUCAGGGAAGAGGGUCGAUCUUCUUCUCGGCGCCAACGUCCUUGAAGCGGUGCUUCAGCUGGAAGCGAGGACAGGGAAGGUGGGCCAACCGGUGGCCAUCAGAACCGUCUUCGGGUGGACGCUGACGGGCACGGUGAAGGGAUUCCUGCCAGAACGAACGCGCCAGGUGAUGCUGAUCAGGAAGAUGGCUCCAGACGAUCAACUGUCAGCAGCACUCCAGGAGUGGUGGAGCACGGAAUCGUUUGGGAGCAGGUUUGAAGGCCAGGAUGCCAAAUCUCCCCAAGACGUCAGAGCCGUGAAGAUCAUGGAAGACACAACCAGGAGACUGGACAAUCGCUACGAGACGGGACUCCUGUGGAUGAGUGAUGAUGUGUGCCUACCUGAUAACAAGAUGAUGGCGGCCAACCGGCUGUACUCCCUGGAGAAGACCCUGAUGCGACAAUCUGAGAAAGCGGAAGCUUAUAAGAAGGUUGUCGAGGGGUACGUCGAGCGCGGAUUCGCUCGCAAGCUAACCCCAGAAGAAGAUCAAGAAGCACACCCCAGGAAGUGGUACCUGCCACAUCAUGGUGUAACGAACCCCCGGAAGCCCGGGAAGCUCAGAGUAGUGUUUGAUGCGGCUGCCAAGUGUGGCAACACUUCUCUGAAUGAUGUGCUGCUCACGGGACCUGACCUUCUUAAGAACCUGCCCGGCAUCCUCCUGAGGUUCAGAGAGGAACCCGUCGCUCUGACCGCUGAUAUCGAGUGUAUGUACCACCAGGUCCAGAUAACUCCGCAAGAUCAACCAGCACUGAGGUUCCUCUGGAGAGAUUUGGAUGCAACGAAGCAACCAGAACCAUACACCAUGCAGGUCGCGAUCUUCGGGGCCAGAAGCAGUCCCGCAUCAGCAAACUUCGUCCUGCAGCAGACCGCUAAGGACUGCAGCAGUAGCACCCCGGCAGGGAGAGCAGCUAGAGAAGCGGCACUUACAAACUUCUAUAUGGAUGAUUUCGUCCACGCUACGAGAACCGAAGAAGAGGCAGCUGAGAUGCAAACCGAGGUGACAGAACUUCUCAGAAGAGGGGGGUUCAGGCUGACAAAGUGGAUGAGCAGCUCGCGGAAGGUCUUGGAACGGAUCGAAGCCGCAGAGCGCGUUCAAGACAUCGAUGUCGCGGUUCAGAGUGUGCUAGGCUGCGCCUGGAACACCAUCAACGACACCUUGGGAGUCAGAGCUGUUGACUCACGUGUACCGUCAACGAAGAGGGGAGUAGUGCAAGGAGUAGCUCGACUAUUCGACCCUCUGGGGCUAGUCGCUCCGUUCUCUCUCCAGGCUAAAGUUCUCAUUCAACGCCUCUGGGCGGGGAACUACGACUGGGACGAUGAGCUCGAGGGGACGGAGCUGCAGAGGUGGUCUCAGUGGCUCUCAGAGUUACACUAUCUGGAGCGGGUAACCGUCCCGCGAUGCUUCGGAGGCGUGUCGGCAAGUGACGGCUGUCGGAGAGAGCUUCACAUCUUCUGUGAUGCUUCUCAGGAUGCCUUCGGUGCUGCCGCGUACGUCGCUACGACGAUGCCUGAUGGUCGCCGCGUCUGCUCCUUGGCUAUGGCGAAGACCAGGGUGGCACCCCUCAAGCAGAUCUCAAUUGUAAGACUGGAGUUGCAAGCGGCUGUGCUGGGCGUCAGAGUAGCAAACGUGCUACGGACGGAGCUGUCGGUCAGGGUGGAUAGGGUCCUAUUCUGGACCGACAGCACAGUUGUUCUGCAGUAUGUGAAAAAUGACAGCCGCCGCUUUCACACAUUUGUCGCUAAUAGGGUGGCAGAAAUUCGAGAGUCUUCUUGCCCUGACCAGUGGCGACACGUGCCGUCGAGUCUGAACGCAGCUGACGUUGUUUCCAGGGGAGCUACGUUGUCUGACCUGUCAUCAGAUUCUCGCUGGAGCGCGGGUCCUGGGUUCCUGCUCCAGGAGGAGAACUGCUGGCCGGAACAGCCAUCUCUCACGAGUACGGCUGUACUGAAAAACGACCCAGAAGUGAGGACGGAAUCAGUCAUGCUCACUGUGAAGCAUGACUCUGAUACUACAGUUCUUCCCGACGCUUCGAGAUUUUCGUCGUGGACGAAGUACAGAAGAACCGUGGCAUGGGUACUGAGGUUUGUGAAGAACUGUGCCCCAAAGUCCUGUCAGGAACGAGCAGACUGGAGACGCGCAGGACCUCUGUCAGCAGAGGAACUGAAGCAAGCAGAGACGAAGGUACUGAAAGACUGUCAAGCUAGAUGCUUCGCUGAAGAACUGGCAGAGAUCCAAGCUGGCAAAGAAGUGAAGACUGAAGGGAAGCUGCGACAAGUGACACCUUUCCUGGAUGGUGAGGGUGUGAUGAGAGUCGGUGGGCGUAUCGACAAAGCGCCCGUGGCCUAUUCGACUCGCCACCCGGUGAUCCUGCCAUCGAGAGACGACGUUACUCGCCUGGUAGUGACGCACUGCCAUGUGAAGGUUCUUCACUCAGGACAAGAAAGAACGUUGACAGAAGUCAGGAAGACAUAUUGGAUUCUGAAGGCCCGCUCGACAGUCCGGAGGAUCCUACACGAGUGUACCGUGUGCAAAAGACGAAGAGCGAUCGCGCAGGUCCCAAGAAUGGCGGAGCUGCCGGCCAGCCGGUAUGACACGUCCAGAGCCUUCAGCACGGUAGGAGUCGACUACUUCGGGCCAAUGUUCGUGAAGAAGUACAGGAGGACCGAGAAGAGAUACGGCGUCUUGUUCACCUGCUUCUCGACCCGCGCAGUACACCUGGAGGUAGCAAACGCUUUAGAUACGGACAGUUUCGUCAUGGCACUGAGGAGAUUCAUGGCAAGGAGAGGGAAGCCAGACUCAAUGUACUCCGACAACGGGACGAACCUCGUCGGAGGUGAACGUGAGCUCCGUGAGUCUCUACAUGAACUCGACCAAACUCGCAUUACUGACGAACUGAGUCAGGAGAACAUUAAGUGGACUUUCAUGCCUCCCAGCGCCAGCCACAUGGGCGGCGUAUGGGAAAGGCUGGUGGGCAGCGUAAAGCGCGCGCUCAGAGUAACUAUCGGAUCUCAGUGUGUGACCGAUGAAGUACUCCACACUGCUCUGCUCGAGGUGGAGUCAAUGAUCAAUGGACGGCCGCUGACACACGUCAGUCCUGACAGUACGGAUGUUGAGCCACUGACGCCAAAUCACCUUCUGCUCGGGUGUGCCAGCGCCAACAUGUCUCCUGGCAUAUUUCAAGACAGAGAGAUCAGCAGCAAACGACGUUGGCGUCAGUCACAAGUACUGGCAGAACAUUUUUGGAAGAGAUGGCGAAAUGAAUAUGUACCAACACUAGCCAGUCGGCAGAAGUGGUUGCGCGAGAGAAGAAAUCUCAAAGUUGAAGACGUCGUGCUGAUGAUUGAGGCAGACUCGCCACGCGGGUUCUGGCCCCUGGCCCGAGUUACAAGAGUGUUCCCGGGCUCGGACGGAGUAGUUCGUACCGUGGAACUGAUGGCAGCGGGGGGAGGCAAGUACCGGCGCCCGGUCAGCAAAGUGUGCCUCCUGGAGCCUGGAGGAGGCUGAAUAAGCUCAGAACUGUUCUGUGUCAGAGCUGAGUUGAAGGAUGGCUGUUAUGUUGGUGACGACAGUGUUGUCCUAUCACGUAUAUCCCAAGUAUCCUAUGUUUUCCUUUUGUUUCUUCCUAACAGAUCCCUCCUGAUGGCGGCUAGCUGCGGCGGAGGUGCUCGUCGGCUGAGGCGAGCUGGAGUCCUCCGAAGCUGCGUCCGGGGACGCUCAUCGGCGGCGGCGAGCUGGUGCUCUCCGAGGCUGCGGCGAGCUGGUGCGCUCGUCGGCUGCGGCGAGCUGGUGCUCUCCGAGGCUGCGGCGAGCUGGUG